UCGGAGGGAGGCGUUUGACACAUGUGAUCAAGUAAUACAGAGAUUUCGUGACCUUGUGCUUUAUUCAGCCGUUCCAAACUCCAUGACCCCAACUAAUGGGACCCUCUCGGGAGCCACUUACGUGUUUUUACUACCCUCGCGUGGCUGUAGUAAGUCACUGCAGUUGUGCACUGAUACUCGAGCAUGCUAACAUGAUACAGAAGAGCAGAUGACUCUGCGAUGUGAAAUGGACAAACACCAACAAGACAAUCACACGCCCGGCUGCCUGAGUAUAGUCAAGGGGAACCUUACCUGCCUUACGGUUGUUGACCGUCUUCGCCAGCCCCUCUGACUGAGCAUUAUUGUCAGGCUUCCGCAUCAAUCUGUACGACAGAGGCAAGUCAUCACGUUGGGACGGCGGUGACGGUCACUUAGCAACGGGAUGGCAUCACCGUUUGUGCCUGUCCCAGUACCGUUGGACAGAGUCUCAUCAUCGAGUGGCAGUAACAAGCUGAGAAGGCCACCAAGAGCUUCCUCGCUAGGAAGCGUCUCCAGCAGCUCAGAGUCUUCAUCCUCAGUAGUGGGCGAGCGUGAAAAAAGAUGCGGUAGUUCUCAGCGUCAGUCCCGUUGCACGGACAGAAGCACUCGAAGUCAGACGCCAACACCUCUCCCGAGCCCCGUCACGCUGUCGAGAGAAAACAGGACUCUCGAGCCCUCGGUAGUGUAUUCGAGUUGCCCCCGCUCGAUUUCAGCUCCUUUAGAGAGCCAACAUGGAGGAGGAGAGGAGAGGCCAAUCACCCCAACUGUUCUUGGAUACGAGGUCAUGGAGGAGAGGUCAAAGUUUACGGUAUAUAAAGUCCUGGUCAGGAAACCCACAGAUGAGAGCUGGGUUGUUUUCAGGAGGUACGCCGACUUUUCCCGACUCAACGACAAGUUGAAAGAGACGUUUCCAGGCUUUCGGCUUGCGCUGCCUCCGAAAAGGUGGUUUAAAGACAACUAUGACAGCGACUUCCUGGAAGACAGACAGUUGGGUCUUCAGGCCUUUUUGCAAAACUUAGUCGCGCACAAGGACAUUGCCAACUGCCAAUCAGUGAGAGAGUUUUUAUGUCUGGAUGAACCGCCAGGGCCCUUCGAUAGUUUGGAGGAGAGCAGGGCUUUCUGCGAGACUCUCGAAGAAAGCAACUACCGUCUUCAGAAAGAACUGCUGGAGAAGCAAAAAGAAAUUGCCUCGCUCAAGAGGAGCCUUGAGGAGAAAGAGCGGACCAUUCUGCUCAUGGAAAAGCAUAUCAAUGGUGAAAGUGUGACCUCUCAGUCUCCGUGCGGCCGAUCAGUGCAAGGCAGUGAGAGCAGUGCGGAGGCAGACGUGGAAUCAUCUGUGGCGGAGGCCGAUCAGGACAUGCCGAGCGACCCCGGCGGCACAUGUCAGGUCCAUCUGGGGCGAUCGUCCGCCUGUUGGUGCGGGCCGUCACUCAGCGCCUCUCCUCCAAUCAUCCAGGUCGUCCAGCUGGACCAACGGAAGAUGGAUUGUUAAAAAUACGGGUCUUCCUUCUUCACCACCUCUCACACCGUACGACUCAAGCCAUGUCCAUCAGCAGCUUGAUCGCCCCCCACACCCCCCAUUCCUUAAGUGUCAGGGUUUGGGUGAACGCAAAGGUUUUGUUGAAAAUCUGUGGCUAGGAUUUGCUUAUCUUUGAAAGAGAACUUCCUGGUUCUGCCUCAGUUUGUUUCCAUUUUCUCGCGCGGUCUCGUGACGGGUCAUGGGAUCUUAACUGCGAUGCUGAGAUUAGAAAUUCUGAAGGCUGCGUUUCAACAAUAAUAUCUGGAAUCGCUUAGCGUUUCAUACGACUUCAACACCUUUUCUGUGACCGUGAACUAUUUGGCUGUCUACCUUCCUUCUAAUCUAUCCAUCCUGCUGACUCAAAGCCAAACCUUUGGCUUCCUGACCCCCCCCCCCCCCCAAAAAAAAAGAGAACUUGAAGAUGUUAAUAGCAGGUGUGUCACUUUAUAAAUAAACGUGCAUCAUCUCAUCAGUUUCAGCGAACCUCCGAAAAAGAAGCCCGCCCCUUAAAAGCAGACAAACACCCCCAUAUAGAUGUGAAAACUCGACGGGUCGACAUAUUUCUUUUAAUGCGCGCUCAUACUUCCAUCCCAUUACUUUAACCUCUAUUAAAAGUGUAGACGGACCUCGACAUCUGAAAAGCAGGUUUUAGACCACCUUAACCAUCAAAGCGCUUCAGUCUGCUUCCCAGUUUUUGAGGUAAUGUCUGAUUAAUUGGAGACUGAAAAUAUCAUAACCAAGCUUGCAGGCGAACGCGUCACUGGAACAUGUAUCAAAACCAACAAUGGAGGGAAAAUUGUUUUGAGAAAUUCGAGGCAACCAAGUGCAAGUUGGCUCUUCUCAUGUCUGUCUGUCACAUUCCACAGUCUCACGCACUGCAUCUGCAUUCUGUAGGCAAAGCCAGAUCAAGUGCAAAAAAAUGUUUACAACACUUUACCUCCCCUUGCAAUGAGCUUCCAAACAGGAAGUUGGCGAAGUAUAACCUCCUAGCAAACUGUGACGGGUAUCGAUUAUUAUAUGUGGAAUGAAAGACAGUGACUCGGAAUGGCCGUCACUUUAAUAACGCAGCCUUAGCUUUAUUGAUUUUUGCUUGCAAAACGGUGGCGGGGAAAAGAAAAAAAAAGUUUUCAGUCUUGUUGACUUUUUACUAUUGCUAAGAUUGUUGCAUCCUCAAAGCCAUAUGUAUAUUUUUAUUUUGAAACAGUCUUGGUCUUUGAGAGGAAUGUGUGAUAACAAGCUGUUGUUUUGUGGUAAGUGACUCGAUACGGGCCUUGGAAACAGUGGCUUGAAGCACUUUAUAGAGAAAUAACACUUAAUAAUCGUUGAUGUGCUUUUAGUACUUGUGUUCGAGUGUAUUCGUUUGAGAGAGAGAAAUAAAUGCCUUUCUGCCCACA